UCUUGCUUCAAACUUACUCAUCAUGUGCGGCAUCUUUGGUUACCUCAACUACCUCGUCGAAAGAGACAGACGCUUCAUCUUGGACACACUCACCAACGGUUUGUCCCGUCUCGAAUACAGAGGCUACGACUCAGCAGGUCUUGCCGCCGAUGGUGACAGCGCUGAGGAAACAUACAUUUUCAAGCAGAUGGGCAAGGUUGCCGCACUCAAAAAGCUCGUGAACGAGCAGCAGGUCGACUUUGAAAAGACCUUCAUCAGCCACUGUGGCAUGGCACAUACCCGUUGGGCUACGCACGGCCAGCCCUCGCAGCUCAACUCCCACCCUCACCGCUCUGAUCCCAACAACGAGUUCACCAUUGUACAUAACGGCAUCAUCACCAACUAUAAGGAAAUCAAGACGCUGUUGUCCAAGAAGGGCAUCUCGUUCGAGACUGACACCGACACUGAAUGUGUUGCCAAGCUCACAAAGUACGUUUACGAGACCACCAAGGACCAGAACCUGACCUUCACUGCUCUUGUCAAGCAGGUUGCCAAGGAACUCGAGGGCAGUUUUGCUUUCAUUUUCAAGAGCGUACACUUCCCCAACGAGGUUGUGGCCACGCGUCGUGGUUCUCCUCUUUUGGUCGGUGUCAAGACUGCAAAGAAGUUGAAGGUCGACUUUGUCGAUGUCGAGUUCGGCAGUGCUGCUGACAAUGUGACCCCUACUCCCGCUGAAGCUUCUUCUACCGGUUUCCUGUCCGCUGAGGAUGGUCAUCCCCAGUUGCACCGCAGCCAGUCCCGCGCCUUCUUGAGCGAGGACGGCAUGCCUCAGCCCAUCGAAUUCUUCUUGGCAUCCGAUGCCGCCGCCAUCGUCGAGCACACCAAGCGUGUCUUGUACCUGGAAGAUGACGACAUUGCCCACAUUGCCAGCGGUGAGCUCCACAUCCACCGUCUCCGCCGUGACGAGGGCGCCUCGACCACCCGUUCCAUCCAGACGCUCGAGAUCGAGCUUGCCGAGAUCAUGAAGGGCUCGUUCGACCACUUUAUGCAAAAGGAGAUCUACGAACAGCCCGAGUCGGUCGUCAACACCAUGCGUGGCCGUGUCAACUUUGAGAAGCACCAGGUCACCCUGGGCGGUCUGCGUGGCUACCUCCAGAUCAUGCGUCGUGCCCGUCGUAUCGUGUUCAUUGCCUGCGGUACCUCCUAUCACAGCUGCUUGGCCACCCGUGGCAUCUUUGAAGAACUGACCGAAAUCCCGGCCCAGAUCGAGCUUGCCUCGGACUUCUUGGACAGACGCACCCCCAUCUUCCGUGAUGACGUCUGCGUCUUUGUCUCCCAAUCCGGCGAGACGGCCGACACCAUCCUUGCCAUGCGCUACUGCUUGGAGCGCGGCGCUUUGUGUGUCGGUAUCACCAACACGGUCGGCAGUUCCAUCUCGCGUGAGUCUCACUGCGGUGUCCACAUCAACGCCGGCCCUGAAAUCGGUGUCGCCAGCACCAAGGCCUACACCUCCCAGUACAUUGCCCUGGUCAUGAUGGCCCUCCAGCUCUCUGAGGACCGUCUCUCGAUGACCGAACGCCGCAAUGCAAUCAUUGACGGCCUCUACCGCCUCCCGCAGCAGAUCAAGCAGGUCUUGAACCAAGACAGCAACUUGCAGCAGCUCGCCUCGGUGACGCUCUCCAAGGAGAAGUCUUUGCUCUUGAUGGGCCGUGGCUACCAGAACGCCACCUGCUUGGAAGGCGCCUUGAAGAUCAAGGAAAUUUCAUACAUGCACAGUGAGGGUAUCCUGGCGGGUGAACUCAAGCACGGUCCUCUUGCCCUUGUCGACGAGAACAUGCCUGUCAUCCUCAUCAUGACCAAGGACUCGCUUUACCCCAAGGUCCAGAGCGCGUUGCAGCAGGUCACUGCCCGCAAGGGUCAGCCAAUCAUUGUGUGCAACGACGACGAUGAGGAUCUGCUAAAGAACUACAAGACCAUCUCCGUGCCGCAAAACGUCGACUGUCUCCAGGGUCUCGUCAACAUCGUUCCUCUCCAGUUGCUCUCCUAUCACCUUGCCGUGAUCCAGGGCGUCGAUGUCGACUUUCCCAGAAACCUUGCAAAGUCGGUUACCGUCGAGUAAAUAUAUCUUGUAUAGAACUUCUCUCUCUUCAACACCCCAUCCCCUCCGCCCUUUUCCAUCUUCUGUUUGCUUCGCUUUUCAACCUCCACAUAUUCGCACGUUGCCACAACUAUCCACAACACAACGAUCUCCCAUCUUCAGCAUCCCCCUCUUGUUUCAUAAAAAGACAUAUCACACACAUAUUCUCUCUCUCUCUCUCUCUACGCCACGAUACACACAACCCAACCUUUCGGAUGAUUCCAAUGUUCACAUCGCUUCUAAAAGAAUAAAGAAAAAAGAGUCCUUUGUUUUUGUUUACCAAAA